AGAAGGCUUUCUGUGUGCUCCGUUUUGAGGUGUCCAGAUCUGUGAUUACAGUGCAGCGUGAGUUUCGUGCACGGUUUCAAAAAGAUGCACCACACAAGAAUAACACUAUCAGGUGGUACCGACAGUUUGUAGAGACUGGAUGCUUGUGUAAAGGCAAGAGUCGUGGUCGGCCUCGUGUGUCUGAUGACAACAUCGAAAGAGUGCGUGUGGCGUUUCAGCGAAGUCCCCGCAAGUCUGUGGGUAGAGGGAGCAGGGAAUUGGGCAUGUCAAAAAUGACGGAGUCCAAGGUGUUGCGUAAGCGGCUGUGUUUUAAACCGUACAAGAUGCUAUUGGUACAGGCCCUUACACCAACAGACAAAGUGAAAACGUGUGACUUUUGCGAGGAGAUGCAGUUGAAAAUGGAGGAAAAUAGGUUCGUAGGAAGACUGAUCUCCGAUGAAGCCACAUUCCACAUCAGUGGCAAGGUGAACAGACACAACGUCCGUAUUUGGGGAAUCGAGCAACCACAUGCACAGACACUUUCAACGUAUUCGCACACAUGGGAGAAAUUCCGGCUGCAGAGCGCGUCGCUUCAGAGAUUCCUAUUCCAAGACAAGUGUCUGCAAAAAGUUGCCAAAGACGGAACACAUUGGCACCUUAGGAAUCUUCAGAAUUCCCACUAGAACACUGUAUUGCCAGGACAAGGCGGCAUCGUACGUGUCACGAUAGUAGCAAAGACCAGCUUCCUCUAAUGGAGUGAGGAAAACUGCAGUGCUUCGCCUGCUGUAACCAAUCAGUAAAGGGGGGAAGGAAAGAUCCCUGCAAAUGAGCCCACCAGUGCGGGCGACCGAACCUAGAAAGCGGUAAAUCACGAAGCAAUAGGCCUACAGGUCGAUAGGUUUAUCGACGACGUGGGCAGAGAAUGCUAGUGAAAAUGUAAACAUUAGAACUGUUUUUAAAACUGUUAU